ACCCAGACCAGACCAUCUCUCUCUCUCUCUCUCUCUCUCUCUCUCUCUCUCUCUCUCUCAAAUUUCGUCUUUUGGAGAGGCGGAGAGGCAUUGCAAUAUCUCUCUCCAAAACCCCAUUAAGAAAUCCAAUUAAUCCUCCCUCUCCCUGAGAUGGGUGGGAAGAAAUUCGCAGUGCUUCUGUGCGCAGAGGACACGGAGUUUGUGAAAAAGACGUACGGGGGAUAUUUUGGGGUGUAUCUGACAAUGCUGGCGGAGGAGGGGGAGGCUUGGGACUUGUACCGGGUGGUGUGCGGUGAGUUUCCGGAGGAUGAUGAGAUUGAAAGCUACGAUGGGUUUGUGAUAUCCGGAAGCAGCAGGGAUGCCCACGGCACUGAUGCCUGGAUCUGCAGGCUCCUCUCCCUCCUCCAGAAAUUGGAUUCCAUCAAGAAAAAAGUUCUCGGCAUUUGCUUUGGUCAUCAGGUACAUAAUCAUUCCAUCAUUUUUAUUUUUGUCAUCAUGUUCACAAGAACCAGCUAUAUUAUUACUCUAAUUUACACUAAGAAAUGAGUGUGGGUUUGAACCCAAAUCAAAUUAAUUGAAGAGAAUAAUCAUAUUCACAAUUCAUCCU